AUGGAGGGCUUUUUCACAGCAGUUAUUGAUGAAUUUCCGCAUAUGAUACAUGGCAAGAAGUAUGGUCGUGAAUUCUUCGUACUUGCAGUAUGUAUUAUAAGCUACUUAUGUGGCUUGAGUACUGUUACAAAAGGUGGUUUUUACGUAUUCCAGUUGUUUGAUUUUUAUGCAGCAUCCGGUUGGGCACUUCUAUGGCUUCUAUUUUUUGAAUGUAUCGCCAUUUCCUGGUCUGUUGGCAUCAAUCAAUGGUAUGAGCAUAUCAAAUCAAUGGUGGGUUAUUAUCCGAGUCGAUGGUGGAAAUUUUGUUGGGUUUUUGCAACUCCUGUUGUGUGUAUGAGUGUAAUGCUUUUUGGACUAGCAAAAUAUCAGCCAUUGCGAAUCGAUGCAUACAAUUAUGAUUACCCAUUAUGGGGUCAUAUACUUGGAUGGUUUCUUUCUCUUUCAUCAAUGCUUUGCAUUCCAGUUUAUGGAGUCUAUUUAUGGAUUAUCACCGAUGGAACAACUUCACAAAGAGUUGAAAAACUAUUUCGGCCAAAAAUACAAAUUGAAUUAGAUGGUAAUGAUGGACAUGAACUAAUGGAACGAGGAGAAUAA